GCACACCCGGCAGAGGCACAUCGGGCAGGACUCCGGGCAGAGGCACAUCGGGCAGAGGCACCGGGCAGAGGCACAUCGGGCAGAGGCACAUCGGGCAGAGGCACAUCGGGCAGGACUCCGGGCAGAGGCACAUCGGGCAGGACUCCGGGCAGAGGCACAUCGGGCAGGACUCCGGGCAGAGGCACAUCGGUUUACCAGGCGAAGCAGCAGGCAGCGGGCCACCAGGCGGAGCAGCAGGCACCGGGCCCCCGGGCGGAGCAGCAGGCACCGGGCCCCCGGGCGGGGCGACAUGCAUCGGGCCCCCCGGGCGGAGCGGCAGGCACCGGGCCCCCGGGCGGAGCGGCAGGCACCGGGCCCCCAAGCGGAGCGGCAGGCACCGGGCCCCCGGGCGGGGGCGACAGGCAUCGGGCCCCCGGGUGGGGCAGCAGGCACCGGGCCCCCGGG